AUGCCGUCAGCUACUGUCGAAACAAAUUUACCUGACUUGUGCGCAGUCCAGGCUACGACUGCUACAGACGUAUCUGCUGGCAUAUCCGACACAAUUAAUAUCACAAAAAUUAUCACCGAAAACCUCAUCUCUGAAAAGCUCGCUGACAAGACCGUUAUCGAUUGUUCUUCUAAUGCAACCAGCGGCACACCAAAGUCUCCAUCGUUACCCACAAAAACAGCAAAACCAGAGAAUUCUAAUAAUUCCGACAAGAACAAGCAUCCUGAUAUUGAGAGGAAACCAAGUAAAUCGAAACAAACAUCAAUUAAAGGUCUGCCAGGUGAUGCAGCUAUAUCAACCUCAUCACAAGCCAAUUCUCGUACUUCCAAAUUGACAAGGUCACCGUCGGGACGGUCCAAGGAGACUACAGUCGAACGCAGAACUUCGAGGCGAGACAAGAAAAAUGCAACGGCAAAAAACUCGGACGCAAAUAAAUCUCGCACCAAGGCAGUAAAAUCGCCAAACCCUGAUGACAAGCAACAGACGUCAUCGGAACGUUCCGUCAAUACAACAUCUGAUGUCAGAUCUACUACGCCUCCCAGUACUUCUCAGAGCAAGCAAGCUUCACGUCGCAAAACUGAUACGCCGCCUCAUUUGAAUCUAGCAUUCAAAACUGAUCCCCAAUCGAAAGAAUCCAGUGGUCGUUCUCCUGCAGUGUCACCAAAGGUUAGGGAACUGCGCAAAUCGGAGGCACUUCAGAACAAGUCUAGUGGCGAUGAGUCGGCAUCUGAUCGUCGUAAGACGAGCAGUAGGUCAACUGGCAAUACUACAACCGGGUUGGCCUCGAAACGUCGUCAUUGGUCAGUCGCCAGACAUGCAAUCAAGACCACUGCAGCUGUAAGAUCCAAGGGAGAAAGUGUCGACAAAGAGUUGCUCAAAAGAUUAGAACAGGAGAAUUCGCAAUUACCGCCACAGAAUUCGACGCAAUUUUUGCUCGCACGUCUCGAGCGACAGAAUGAAAUACUCGACAACGACCCAAAGUCAGUGUGCAUUCAAUCGAACGUUCUCAAGGCCAAUUUCGAAACUGUACAAUCUCUCAUUGAUGAUACCAGUCCGACAGAAGAAGUAUUUGAAUACGAUAUUACCGCCGGUCCAGAAGAUGACGAUGCUAAUACUGUCGAUUGGGAAUUUUGGACUGCCUUGAUUCAAGAUUAUACGGCAGUUGCGACUAAACUCCCACACCUUCUUGCCGCAAAGCUGCAACAAGGCCUCCCGCCAAAGUUACGAGGUCUCAUAUGGCAAUCCAUGUGCCAAGCAUCGUCUACAUAUCUGGAAACUAUGUAUUCACAGCUGCUUGAAGAAUCGUCACCCUACGAUCGAAUCAUUCAACGUGACCUUGCUCGUACCUUUCCAAAUGUUGAUUUAUUCAAGAAAGAGGGUGGUGAAGGACAAACAAAGCUAUGGAACAUAUUGAGAGCUUACAGUUUGUAUGAUCCUCUGGUCGGUUAUUGUCAAGGAUUGGGAUUCUUGGUUGGACCACUCUUAAUGCAAAUGGACGAAGCGCAAGCCUUUGCCGUCUUUGUACGGCUUAUGGAAACUUAUGACAUGCGAUCCAUGUUUACAUUGAACAUGGAAGGGCUUCAACUCCGUCUCUAUCAGUUCUCUACUCUUUUGGGCCAAAUACUUCCCAGGCUGCAUGCUCAUUUCCAGCUACACGGUGUUCAUGCCGCGAUGUUCGCUUCACAGUGGUUCUUGUCUCUCUUUGCCUAUACCUAUCCUUUGCCUCUAGUCCUUCGCAUAUACGACGUUGUCUUUGCUGAAGGUGCGCCCGAGACUAUUAUGCGGGUUGCCAUUGCCUUGCUGAAAAAGAAUGAAACGCAGCUGCUCGACUUUGGCGAAUUCGAAGACUUGCUCGAUUUCCUGACUACCAAGCUCUAUGUAGCCUAUGACGAAAAGCCAACCGGUUUAAUAAAAGACGCAAUGGCUUUGAGUUCGGUAAUUACCAAAGUAAAGAUGGAUGAGUUAUCAGAAUCAUACGUGAAAGAAUUGGAAGACCAAAAGAAGCGUGCCGAUGAGUUGGUUGCAGUACGAUUUGGUGGUCGAUUUGGAAGAUCAAAGGAGAAAAAGGAAGAAAAGAAGUCAGAGAAGUCUACCAAGAAACGAUGGUCUUUUGCCGCACUACCAAGUCGGUCUUCGGUUUCGGCGUCGGCAUCAUUAUUGCAGCAAGCAGUAUUUAGUGCAAGUGACAUCUCAGCCCCGUCCUCAGAUACAGAGUCAAAUACUACGUCUCUCGUUGCUUCGACAAACGUGUCCAAGGAAUCUACUGGCAUUCUACAUCAACAGAUUGAGGAUCUUGUCACGGCGCUUUCUCAACUUCAAAAAGAGCAUGCCGAAGUCACAGAUCAGCUUGUAGCCAUUAAAAUGGAAAAAAUGGACCUCGUUAACGAGAUAGAAACAUUACGAAAUCGUGUUAGAGAAUACGAAAGAGGAAAUAAACGCACAUCCACUGCAUCUUCACUGUUCUCUCUUGACUCGGCCAUCGCAUCCAACGAGGGCGAUGCUUCCUCGCGACGGACUUCCGUUGGAUCGGCAUCCAGUUCUACAAACAACGUGGAAUCCGACAUUACUCCGCGCCAGUCUACCGAAGUACCAAAACCACGAAGCGUAUCAGAUGCAGAUGCUGUAAUGAAACCACGUCGCUCAUCAGCGUCAUCGUUCAUGUCACUGUCUCGCUUGACAUCGUCGUUCUCUUCCGCAGCAUCCGACACGUCUUUUGUAUCACGUCAGUCUUCUACCGACACAAUAACUAGCACAUCGGGUGUAUGUGAUGCUGACGGUACCGACGAACAGAGUUAUCACAUCGUCUGCCGGGGUGACUGUGAGAACGCUAGACGUGCCGAAGAACUUGAGCACAUGUUGGCUGAUCUCAAGCUACGUCUGGCGGAAAGUGAAAAUGCCAGAGAUGACAUGAACUCUCAAUUAGAAGGCUUGAACAUGUUGAUUAAUGGGUUUACUGAAGAAGACGAUCCUACAAUGACGACCAUAUUGGCAUCAUCACCAGCUCCUGGAAAACGAGGAUCUUUUGAAAAACGGGAAUCCUAUGAAAAACGAGGAUUGAGAAAUUCGAUAUCUAAUUUCUUUACGGCUUAA